AUGGCUGAGUACGUGGGCACAACUUUACCAUGUGAUAUGGAUUCAAACCAAGGGGUUCAUGAAAAAAAGAGUGUGCUUGAAGAGUUUCAAGAGGAUGUGUUUUCUUUUAAUGGAAAAUGUCUAAACUCUUUCUUCUAUUCCUCACUGGAGUCCAAGGAGAAUAGUUUUGCUGAACAUGAUGAGGGUGUAAUGGUGAAGAAAAGGGAUCAUAACAAGCUUAGUGAAUGUGUCAAAGGCGUCCUAGAUGGAGAAUGUCUACAAAGCUUGUUUGGUGAGCACAUGGGAAGAGUCCAAGAGAUGAAAGUGGGUGGAGCUGAAAUGGCUAAUCUGGGAACCACAAGAAAGAUGAAAGAACCCCAGUCUCUCUCCAUUGAUCCAUCUCCCAACAUACUAAGCUUGAUACCUUUAAGAUUUAAGGAUGGGAAGAUUGAGUACAAAGUCAAAAGCAAGAGAAAGUCUAAACCAUUCUCAAGUGCCAAAGCCGUCAUCAGUCCUAGCCUUCAAAGAGAUCCAAGCCAGCUUCAAGAGCUUCUCUCUCAAGUCCUAACCAUUACUCUUGAAGGCGUUCCACCUCUUACUCCUCACUAG